CAAAGCGAGAAAAAUUAUUUUCCACUCCAGAAAUUAAUGAUCAUGAGCUCGUAUUUGAUGGACUCUAACUACAUCGAUCCGAAAUUUCCUCCAUGCGAAGAAUAUUCGCAAAAUAGCUACAUCCCUGAACACAGUCCGGAAUAUUACGGCCGGACCAGGGAAUCGGGAUUCCAGCAUCACCACCAGGAGCUGUACCCACCACCGCCUCCGCGCCCUAGCUACCCUGAGCGCCAGUAUAGCUGCACCAGUCUCCAGGGGCCGGGCAAUUCGCGAGGCCACGGCCCGGCCCAGGCGGGCCACCACCACCCCGAGAAAUCACAGCCGCUCUGCGAGCCGGCGCCUCUCUCAGGCGCCUCCGCCUCCCCGUCCCCAGCCCCGCCAGCCUGCAGCCAGCCAGCCCCUGACCAUCCCUCCAGCGCCGCCAGCAAGCAACCCAUAGUCUACCCAUGGAUGAAAAAAAUCCACGUUAGCACGGUGAACCCCAAUUAUAACGGAGGGGAACCCAAGCGCUCGAGGACAGCCUACACCCGGCAGCAAGUCCUGGAAUUAGAGAAAGAGUUUCAUUACAAUCGCUACCUGACCCGAAGGAGAAGGAUCGAGAUCGCCCACUCGCUGUGCCUCUCUGAGAGGCAGAUCAAAAUCUGGUUCCAAAACCGUCGCAUGAAAUGGAAGAAGGACCACCGACUCCCCAACACCAAAGUCAGGUCAGCGCCCCCGGCGGGCGCUGUGCCCAGCACCCUCUCGGCAGCCACCCCGGGCACUUCUGAAGACCACUCCCAGAGCGCCACGCCACCGGAGCAGCAACGGGCAGAGGACAUUACCAGGUUAUAAAACAUAACUCACACCCUGCCCCCACCCCAGGCCCCCAUCCUCCCCUCACACACAAACUGACUCUUAUUUAUAGAAUUUAAUAUAUAUAUAUAUUUUGGUUCUUUUCUCUCUUCCUCCCACCUUAUCCCUCGUCAUUUCCAAACAGACAAAACAGAUAAACAAACAAGCCCCCUGCCCUUCUCUCCUUUCCACUGUUAAGGACCCUUUUAAGCAUGUGAUGUUGUCUUAGCAUGGUACCUGCUGGGGUUUUUUUUUAAGGCCAUUUUGGGGGGUUAUUUAUUUUUUAAGGAAAAAAAGCUGCAAAAAUUACAUAUUGCAAGGUACGAUGGUCUGGUUUAGGUGCGUUUCAGGGGAAAUGAGGAAAAGAAAAAAGGAAAGAGAUUUUUAAGCCAAUUCUCCUCCUUCUUCUUUCUCCUCCUCCUCCUUCCCCGCUCUUUCCUUAGGCCUUUUGCAUUGAAAAUGCACCAGGGGAGGUUAGUGAGGGGGAAGUCAUUUUAAGGAGAACAAAGCUAUGAAGUUCUUUUGUAUUAUUGUUGGGGGGAGCUGGGAGGAGAGGGGGGAAGACAGCAAACAAAGCUAAAUGCAUCUGGAGAGCCUCUCAGAGCUGUUCAGUUUGAGGAGCCAAAAGAAAAUAAAAAUGAACUUUCAGUUCAGAGAGGCAGUCUAUAGGUAGAAUACCCCUCAUCCCCCCAUCGUGGUUAUUGUGUUUUUGGACUGAAUUUACUUGAUUAUUGUAAAACUUGCAAUAAAGAAUUUUAGUGUCAAUGUGAAAUGCCCCGUGAUCAAUAAUAAACCAGUGGAUGUGAAUUAGUUUUA